GAUGGGCUUUUUCCACCUCAUUGAAAUCGCACAUCCCAUUGGUGUUCUAUUGAUUCAGUGAAACGGUCAACGAGAAAGGGUACGUUCAGUGGUCAUUUUGAUUCAAGUGCUAAAAAAAAGUUCUGCCAUCAAAAAUGCAAUGAACUAGUCAAGCAAAAACUGAUAGUCAUACAUUUGAUUGGGUGAAAAAUACAUUCGCACAAAUUGCUCGGUGUCUCCGACGGAGAGAGUGAGACGAUAGACGCACUGCAAAAUGCAACCGAAACAAUCAAUACAAAUAUUACCGCUGACAAGCAAUCAACACCAUAACCCACACUCCGAAUCCAUUACGUACGAGUGAGGCUAUCAACCUGAACCAUUUUUUUCGGCUUAAUGACAUUUUUCUUCGGUAUUUUUAUAUUCGUUUCGUACGAUUUUUUUCUCGGUUCCGUUUGCAUUAGUAUGUGUGUGCGUAUGUGUGUGCCUUGUGUAUGUUAUGCCGUAGUGUUGCCGGUUUAUCCUUCUUAUCCGGUUAUAGUUUGCUGCAGUAGCGACCAGCCAUCGAACGUAUGCAACAUUUUAUUUGGAUAUUUCGUAUUUUUUCAUUUUAGUUUUACGGUUAUUGUCGUGACCUUGACAGCAGCCGCCAUUCCGAUGCUUUAUACACCGAACAUUUUCGAAAAAAGAGUACCAACCAAGCCUUUGUUAAUAUUUACAAAGUGUUUUUAAUGGAAGUUUUACAGGUGUUGUGGUGAAACAUACAUCCAACCAGCCACCGACAAAAAAGUUUUUGACGUCAAUUUUUCGUUGCAUUUUGUUUCGUUUUCAAGUUCUUCUAUUUCUUUUCACGGCUAUCCCAGAAAAUAAAAUUGCCAACCAAUUUUUUUUUUCAAUAAUCAUCCGUUGAAUUUAUGGUGUAGUGUAUGGGAAAAAAUAUUGUUUCCUAGUGUUUGAGAGAUAAAAAUCAUGUGAAUCAAAAAUUAAAAUAAAAUUCUACUUCAUUUGCAAAAUGAACUGAUUGAAAAAUAAUUUUUUUCCGUUUCGGGUUAUAUGGUCAAAUCGAAUUUGUAUAGAUAUAGAUGAAGUAUAAAAAAAAUUGUCUACCAAUAUAAAAGUGUGUGUAUACGUGUGUACAGUAGAGAGAGAAAAAAAGAGCAAGAGAGAAGAAAAGAAUUACUUUUUUUCAUGUUGGUGUUAAAUUUUAUUUAUUGUGUUGACGAAGACUUAACCUGCUAUUUGCGGUAACCUAUACACACAGUGUUCCUCAUCGUCUCCUAUAUAUGUACAUAUAUAUAUAUAUAUAUAAUACGUACACACGCCUGAACUGAGCCGUACACACCAAACACACGGACACGCGGAGAGAAAGAGAGAAUUAUUACAAAUACUAUACACAAAUAAAAACGUGUGCUGUUCUCAUAUAUACAUCGAACACACACUGUACACACUGUACAUAUAUCAUCAUCCACAAACACACCGAGUGAUAUUCACCUCUUAUACACACAAAUUAUAUGGUCGAACACAAAAAAAAGCGAAGCAGCAAAGAAGUGAAUUUACAGAAAAAAAAGAAUAGAGUUUAAGUUUUUUCAUCGAGAGUCGAGUUAAAGGACCUGUUUUUUCCUCUCGCAUGCAUACCAUUCGGGGAAAAAAAAUACACAUCCGAAAGGCGUUUUGUUUUAGUGAUUCAAUGGACAUUUUGAAAAGUUGAAUAAAAUACGAUUUUUUAUUUGAACAAAAUUAUUAAACGACUAUAUUCGAUAGAUUUUUUUUAAGUGUUGAAACCGAAACGACCGUGUGUGAGUGAUUAAGUUUGAAUAAAAACGAACGAAAAAUUAUUGUGAAUUUCAAAAUGGUUGGUGUUCCAAUGGGAUUUUUAGAUUUUGCUCCAGAACCACCUGCACCGCAAGCAACCAAAGUAACGGAAAGCGUUAAUCUCAAUCCUACGACGAAUAACGAUGCCAGAGACUUGUCAAACUUAACGCCAAAUGGUGAUGUACGAAUUAAAUUUGAAACGCUCCGUUCACUUGAUCCCGACACUUUAGAAAUUGAUAAUCGUGCGGCGCCAGUGCAAUAUUCGAUGCAGCAACUUGAGCAUUAUCAACAGAUUACACCACAAUAUGCGCAUCAUCCGCCGCCGCCGCCACCGACACAGCAACAAAUUCCAAAUCAUCAGGCGUACACACAACACAUUCAACAUCAUAUACCCCAUUCACAGGCUCAAUUAAUCAAUGUGAACACGAUUAAAAUUGAGCCGGGUGUUGUGAUUAAGCAAGAGCCCGAGUUGAAUAUAAAAGAGGAACCACGUUCGCCGCAUAGCAACCUCUCGAAUCAAGCACAGAAUCAGAUUCACAGCCAACAAAUGCCUUCACAACCAUCGACCCCACAUCAGCAACAGCAACAACAACAACAGCAGCAACAACAACAACAACAACAGUCUCAACCGAACAAUGCGGCACCGAUGCAAAUCGAUCAUUUCCAGCAGAUUCAAGCUCAGUCUCACAACAAUCAUCAUCAAGUGCAAGUCCAACAAAUUCACAACCAGCAAAUGCCUUCACAGCCGUCGACACCGCAUCAACCGUCGCAACCGAAUAUUGAGGUCGAUCUAAGCAUCGUGAAGCAAGAGCGACCGAAGAAAAAGUCCAAAUCCAAACAAAAUAAAAAUCAUCAAAUGGACACUAGCGAAGAUACUAAUAUGAAUGAAUCAUCGUCCGAUCGCUCAUCGCCACAAUACACCAAUUUGACAUCACAGAAUGAAAAGAGCUCACAAAACAGUCCAAAAACUUGGACACAAGAAGAUAUGGAUUCGGCAUUAGAAGCCCUUCGUAGCCAUAAUAUGAGCUUAACUAAAGCAUCCAUGACAUAUGGCAUUCCAUCGACCACACUUUGGCAACGUGCUCAUCGUCUCGGCAUUGAUACGCCGAAAAAAGAUGGCCCAACUAAAUCGUGGAACGAAGACUCACUCAACAGUGCUUUGAAUGCUCUGCGCACUGGUCAAAUUUCGGCAAAUAAAGCGUCCAAAGCUUAUGGCAUUCCAUCAUCGACUCUCUACAAAAUUGCCCGGCGUGAAGGUAUCCGCUUGGCCGCUCCGUUCAAUGCCGCACCAACGACAUGGUCGCCCGAAGACUUGGAACGUGCACUUGAAGCAAUCCGCGGUGGACACACCUCAGUGCAAAAGGCAAGCGCUGAAUUUGGCAUUCCAACCGGUACAUUGUACGGUCGUUGCAAACGCGAAGGCAUUGAAUUGUCGCGUUCGAAUCCAACACCAUGGUCGGAGGAUAUAAUGUUGGAAGCAUUGGAAUCGGUUCGUUUGGGUCAAAUGUCCGUAAAUCAAGCAGCUAUUCAUUACAAUUUGCCGUACAGUUCACUAUACGGCCGCUUCAAGCGUGGCAAAUUCGAUCCAAAUGGUUCGAGUGACACUUUGAAUACGUCACAAAACGAACAGCAGCAGCAGCAACAACAACAACAGCAACAGCAGCAGCAAAACCAGCAAGCUCAAGUCAAUCAGCAGUCGCAUAGCCAACAGACAAUUCAGACUCACCAAUCGGUUCCUGUUACCCAAACUACUCAAGCACAUCAUAUUACUACGCAGUCACAUCAACCCCAAGUGACUCAAGUACAACAACACCAACAGCCACAAACCAUUCAGCUCGAUCAUACACAACAACAUCAUGUCAUCCAAUUACACCAACACCAACAGAAGUAUCAGCCUCCUCCGCAGCCGAUCGCAAUCAAUACGUUCCAAUACAAUCCUGGUCCAAGCACAAAUCAAGCGCUUCAGCUGAAUCCGCAUCUUCAUCAAAUUCAACAUUUGCCUCAUAUGCUGACAUCGCAGUCGCCGUUGCUUAAUUUGAACUUGCAUCCACAACAAAUCCAGAUCCAUCACAUUCAACAUCCAUUGAGUCGUCAACAAAUGUAACAGUCAAUUAAAAAACGUUUCAAACGCAUCACGUAAUGCACAUCCCCCUUGUACUCCUUGACCACCACCAGCACCACCACCGCCACGAACACUACUCAUCUCGCGCGAAACAUAUUGUUUUAUGUUAGGAAUCAAUUACAACAAAAAUCAAAUCAUCCUAUCCGCUAAAACUGCUCACACGGUGUCGUAAGUAUCUCCCCCCCAUUUGAUAUAUACAUCAAUUAUAUCAUACAUUUUAGUGAUAUGGUGCGAAAGGUAUAGGGCAGGCAAACAAGCAAACAGAUAAUUUUGCAGCGAUUAAAAGAAGAAAACGCGUUUUAGAAGAGAGACAAAAAAAGUGAAAAUAUACACAAUGAAAAGAAAUGACAAGAAUAUACAGGACAGUAGUGUUGAUAUGAUACGUAAGAAUGAAAGAAAAAAAAAACUUCGAAUUGGUGCGAGCUUUUUACAAAAAAGGAUCACAACUAAACUGUUUUUUUUUUGUUCUUUUGAAAUCGAUUAUUUUCAUGGUUAUCAAUUGAUCUACACAUACGUAUGUAAAUAAAAUUCUAAUUUAAUACUCGAAAAGCAGCAGAUUCACAACACAUUUCCCGUUGGAAUUGUAUUUUUUUCCAAACACGAUUUUUUUUACACUUUGAGAACUAUAUCUAUUUUUUUUCCUUGUUAAGACAAGUAUACAGAUGAAAUGUUAGAGAGAGUUUUUUUCCUGCAUAGUGCGCGCUCGCUUUUUUUUAUUGCAAGUAUGAGCGAUAGAGCAAUUGUUUUGAAGAAGAUAAAACGAAGAGAAUGCGAAAGAAAAUCCUUAUUGUUUGCGCUAUACUUUAUUGGAUUCUAAUUUUCAACUUGCCGAAGGAAGAAAAAAACGAAUUAAAAGAAAGAUGAAAUAAAUUCGCGUUUAAGCAAGCAAAUCGUUCAUGAGAGAAUAGAGACAAAUAAAUAUAGAUCUAAGAUUUAUUGAUUUACGGUUAAAUGAUCUUCUUAUCGUUAGUGAAUAGUUGAAUUGAAACAGAAAUAAUAAUCAAACUGAGAGAAAGAAUAAUCUUCUUCUUCUUCUUCUUUUUUAUUCAUCCUUACAUAUGUUCUUUUUCCAAUUUUUUUCUGUUCAAUGGAAUACAGCAGGGUGUUUGUUUUUCUCGGACGACUUGUACGUUUUUUUUUAAUUAUUAUUAUUGAUUUUUGUGCAGCGAAUUUGCAUACGUGAUUCGUGUUUCCACAUAGAAAAGAACAAGAUAACUGUUGUGUUGAUAUACAUUUAUAGAUAUGUUUAUUUCUUCUGGAAGACACCAUACAAUAUACUACAAGUUCACAAAAACAAAGAGUGCGACUCUUGAGAGAGAGAGAGAGAGAGAGAGAGAGAGAAUAAGAAAUGAUACAAAAUGCAACCGAUACGUAAAUAAAUAUGCAUUACUCACAACAAGAACAACAACAACAAAAUGAAUAGCCUCAGAACUAUGGAAUAAAUAACCUCAGAAAUAACUUUAAAGACAGAGAAAUGUAGAAAAAAAUUAAUAAUAUGAUGUACCUACUCUAUAGAUGAAUUUCAUAUUGAAGCGAGAAAUUAAAACUCGAUGAGAUAUUAAUGAAACGGUUAAUUGUCAUUUUUUGCAACUAUUUUUAUGUUGUUCUUUUUUUUUCAAUUUUCAAAUUGUUGUUCGUUCAUUUUAUUUCGGAUAAAUCGAUUAGUUCACACAUUAUGUUUCUUGUACGAACUCAUAGACAAACGAUUACCAGAACAAAAACAAAAGGGAAACAAUAGCAAUAGCAAUAGCAAAUGAAAAAUUUAAACGAAAACAACAACACAAAACCGAAUAAGUGAAUUUACAUUAAAUAAACAGAAGAAAAUGGAAAUAGUAAGACAGUUCAACUCAGGGUAACCAAAAUCAAAAUAACAAUAACAAAUUGGUAUGAAAUGUAUACACACAAACAUACGCUAAUUAAUACAAUAGUCCUAAUAAAAAGAA